CCCUCACCCAUCACACAUUUUGUCAUUUGAGACAAAAUAAACCACUCCCUCUCACCCCUAUCACCAAGCUCGACCAAGACCUCAAGAAAAGAAGAGGAAAAGCUCUCAAAACCACCUCCAUUGUUGCAGCACGAGCUCAAGAGAAAUUGGUCCAAGGAAGGAGGUUUGAGAAGGAAAAAGUUAGGAAAAGUGUGAAUAAUUAAGGAACUUGUGAAAGGUAUUUCAAGUGAUUUCACAAAGUUGGAAAAGUCGCCGGAGUUGUCGCCGGAGUUGACCAAAAGUCACCGGAGUUUCACCGGAGUUCAACCAAGAAGGGUAGAACUUCUUAACGCUAGUUCAAGGUUGAAGCUAGGGCUUGCUACCUGCACCUUUCUACGGGUGACAUCAAUCAAGGAAGACGUGAAAUGGAGGGCAGGCGAAUGCGGACCAGGAACAAUCCGAGGGGGCAGGCGCCGGUAACAUCCCAAAGGGGAAGCCGGGCUGCAUCUCGGGGUUCAAGAGGAGGCCGUGGAGGCCGUGGAAGCCGUGGAGGUCAUCAAGCUCAAACUGUGAGUGAUGGCCAUGUAAGCUCGGUGUAUGAAACCAACACCGAGGAUUAUGACUCUACGUAUGUUCCUGAGACAGAGCAUGAGGAGACCCCAUAUGAUGGGGGUGACACAUACACCGAUGAGGACAAUGAUGAAAGUGAUGCCCGCUUCGCCCAAAUGGGUGAAUUACUUGAGUGGUAUCAAAAGGAGAAACUGAGGAGAGACCUUAGGCGCCAAGCGAGGCGUGGCUCUCGUGGUGGUUCGGGUCAAGGGAGCCGGGGAGCUUCCGUGGCCACCCCAGCGGCGUCACAAGGUGGGCGUGAAGGAGGUUUUGUUGUGAGAAUCUCCAAGUACCUCAAGGAGGCUAGGGCCUUGGGGUGUAGGUCCUUUGACGGCACCGGUGACAUUACCGUUGCCGCCGAUUGGAUUAAGAAGGUGAAGGAUGCGUCAAGAGACAUGCAAAUCACACCGGACGUGAAGUUGACUGUCGCUUCACGGCUACUUGAAGGGAUAGCCUCUACGUGGUGGGAGAGCGUGGAAGGGAAGUACCAUGGGGAAAUAACAUGGGCGGACUUUGAGCUAGAGUUCUAUGCUCAAUACUACUCCGAGUACGAGGUGAAUGUGAAACGGAGAGAGUACACUAACCUCAAACAGAAAGAUGGCGGCACGGUUAAGC